CCCUCUCUCUCUCUCUCUCUCUCUGUCUCUCUCUCUCUCCUCUUUUGCUUAUAAAUUGAAGUACUAUGGAUAAGUAGUGGUGUAACAUGCAUAACUCAGAUAGAGAAGAAGAGAUGGAGAUUAAUUCUAAGGAUGUUUCACUUCGAGAACUUAGGGAUAGGCUUGCAGAGUUUGCUAGAGUGAGAGGAUGGGAACAAUAUCACAGUCCUAGGAAUCUCCUUUUGGCUCUGGUGGGAGAAGUGGGAGAGCUCUCAGAGAUAUUCCAGUGGAAAGGAGAGGUAGAAAGAGGACUACCCAAUUGGAGUGCUGAUGAUAAAGAGCAUCUGGAGGAGGAGCUCUCUGAUGUUUUACUCUAUCUUGUUCAACUAGCUGAUGUUUGUGGGCUUGAUCUUGGUCAAGCUGCCCUCACAAAGAUACUCAAGAAUGCUCAGAAAUAUCCGGUGAAUGACGUUAGUCCCACAGCUUCUUCCACCUACAACUAGCUAGGAACCUAGCUUCCUUCUGAUCACGCAUGUCUAUAUGCAUGAUCAUCAAAUCUGUGUAAUGAAGUUUGUGAUAAAAGGGCAUAUAUAUAUAUAUAUACAUAUAUAUAUAUAUAUAUAUAUAUCCAUGCAUGUCUGAGGCAUAUAUAUUAUGAGUAAAUAAGCAUAGUGUUGGAGAAUAUAUUUUAUCCAUUGUUAUCUA